CGCAAUGUCACACCUUUGCGAAAUGUCUAUUUUCAAAUCCUUCUCCGUUCUCUCACUUUCUCUGGCCUCCCUCAUACUGUUGUCCUCGUCUCCCCAACCCGCAUCAUCAGAAUGCAAGGAGCAGGACAAGCUUACCCUCCUACAAAUCAAGAGCUCCUUCGGGAACCCUUCGAGCAUGGCCGAUUGGAGCAACAACACCGACUGCUGCGCUUGGAACGGCGUCAACUGCGGCGCUUCAUCCGAAGAGAUCAUAUACUUGUGGAUCACCAACUCAAAUACCUCCAACCGAAUCCCACCAGAAGUUGGCGACCUCCCAGACCUAAGAAGGCUCAUCAUCUCAAACCACCCGAAUCUUGCAGGUCCAAUUCCGGAGUCUAUUACAAAGUUGCAAAACCUCCAACAACUCAUAGUCAGAGGAACCUCAAUUUCGGGCGACAUCCCACGUUUCCUUUGCGAUAUGAGGAACCUUAACUCCCUUGAUCUAUCAGCAAAUGACUUCUCCGGGCCGAUCCCAGCUUGUUUUGGAAGCAAUCUCUAUAUUAUUGACUUCAGCUAUAACCAACUCUCAGGGCACAUCCCGUGCACAUUAUUCAAGGGAUAUGGUGGCAAUGAAACUAUCCUUAAUCUGCGCCGCAAUCACCUAACUGGCAGGAUUCCACUGUCAUUCAGUGCGCUCAACUUUUAUAAAUUUGAUUUGUCAGAAAACAACUUCAUCGGAGAUGCUUCUCAUGUUUUCGGAAGGUCGAAAUUCACCGAAGAGAUUCACUUGGCGAACAACGGGUUCAGCUUCGAUUUGUCCUCAGUGACUUAUCCGCUUUAUCUGUCGUGGCUCGACAUUAGCCAUAAUCGAAUAAGGGGAAGUAUAGAUGAGCAGAUCACAGAGCUACAAGGAUUAGGGAUUCUUGAUAUGAGCUACAAUAGGCUCUGUGGACCUAUACCGAGUGGGGGUAUGAUGAGGCCAUAUGAUCAGUCUAGUUUUGUUCAUAACAAAUGUCUCUGUGGAACUCCGCUUCCACCCUGCGCCAAUUAAUUGGAAUCAACCCCAAUUCGAUCUUCGGCAUGUUUAAGCUAAUUAAUAAUGAUGAUCAUGCUCUGUAAUUUACGGUUGUGCUAGAAUUAUCCACUUAUGCCGUGAACAGACUUUAGUAGUAUGAAUAAAAAACCUUCAUUCUCCUUAAAUGAAUUGAAGUAUGUUUUUCCA